AGUGCAUUUUUUAACAGGUGUUAUGCCAGCUGUAGGCCUAUAUGGUAGUGCAAUAGGCUACCCUAAAAUAUUUGUUUUUAUUUUCAGACUUCCAGGAAUGGAGUCGAUACCCAAUCAACAACCAGCGGGACGAGACUCCAGCUCUUCCCCCAGCUCCAAGCAGGACGUUCAGCCCUUCUCCAGCCCCAUCUCCCUGAAGCCUAACCAAGUCAGCGAGACCGCGUUGUAUGGAGUGCACAUCGUGUCUUUGGUCAUAGAUGGCCAGGAAAGACUUUGCUUGGCGCAGAUAUCCAACACAUUGCUAAAGAACUACAGUUACAACGAAAUCCAUAACCGACGCGUUGCUCUUGGAAUCACCUGCGUCCAGUGCACGCCCGUCCAGCUCGAGAUACUGAGGCGCGCUGGCGCCAUGCCAAUCUCCUCGCGGCGCUGCGGUAUGAUCACUAAGCGGGAGGCGGAGAGGCUAUGUAAAUCAUUCCUUGGUGCUCACAACCCACCAAAGCUACCGGAAAAUUUCGCUUUUGAUGUCUCUCAUGAAUGCGCGUGGGGAAGCAGAGGUAGCUUCAUACCUGCCAGGUAUAACAGCUCGAGGGCCAAGUGCAUUAAAUGCACAUAUUGUAACAUGUAUUUUUCCCCGAAUAAAUUCAUAUUCCACUCCCAUCGCACUCCCGAGUCCAAGUAUACACAGCCAGACGCAGCAAACUUCAAUUCGUGGAGGCGCCAUCUCAAACUAACAGACAAAAGCUCGUCGGAUGAUGUUGCCCACGCGUGGGAGGAUGUUAAAGCGAUGUUCAACGGGGGAAGUCGUAAGAGGACGCUACCUAUGAGUGGGUCAUCCAUGUCCUCUCCUUUGAAGUCACAUUCCACCAGUAACCCAACUCAAAGAAGUUCCCCCGAGGUACCCCAUAAAACGUUGCGCUGUGACGAAGACCGAGGUAGGCCUAACAUCAGUCUGUCAAAUGGCGUCCGGAACUACCCGGUUAUCCCUGUGCCCAGUAAGAGCUUUGGGAUGCUUCAAAAGAUCCAGCCACCGCUCUUCCCCCACCCGUAUGGAUUCCCUGCGUUUGGACUGUGUCAAAAGAAGGACGACGGAGUGGGAGAGACAAAUAAAACCAACGUUUCGGGUGUCUUUUGGCCAGGAGCAAAGGACAGUAUUUAUCCCUCUUUCCCGAUGUUUUGGCCAACAGCAGGUGGCCUGCCGAUGCCACCGUAUCAACAGUCACCACCCAAACCACCCACAGAGCUCUUAAGUGUCAGACAGAGUGACCUCGAGUUAUCGGAUCAAAGUGACCGGUGCGCAAACACACCUAAGGAUAGCUUUCAAGACAGCGAACGGUGCUCCAGCUCACAAUCCACCCGGAACGACGAGGAUAAAUCCGGGGAUGAGGCCCGGUCGACGGAAGGACUCCCCACAACUCCACGGAAGAUAAAUUACAUCUCUGCGUUCAGACCUGUGGUGAAAGACGCCGAAAGCAUUGCAAAGCUAUACGGCAAUAGGGACACGUACAGCGGUGUGCGCUCUGGUUACCUAUCGCCAGAUUUCGUGAGUGAAAGUUCUAGCUAUAGGUCUAUGUCCCCGGAUGUGGAUAGCGUGGACGACCCAGACGUUGACGUGGAGUCAAACAGGGCACACGAGGAUGAAGAGUCAGUCCAACUCCAUUCCGGGCCUGAAGAUAGUCGAGAGUUGGGGACAAGUCCAGGACCACAACCGGAAGAUCCCCACUCCGGGUCCUCUGAUGACGAGAGGCAGGGUGGACAGGUGUCAGAGCGCCAUGAUACACCGGUGUACGAAGUGUACACACAUGAAAAGGAUGGACACAUGCCUUUGAACGGUCCAUCUACGUUUGGAUCAAAACAUAGCAGCCCAUUGCAAUCGAACGGUGUACUCCAUGUUUCCGACCCACACAAACAACGUUCUCCUACAAGAGAGGACGUUCCACAGAGAACCUAUCAGGACCAAGCAAAGGAAAGCCCACCAUGCAAUGGGGCAUUACGUCAGCAUGACGUCAGUAGGAUCCAGGAAAAAGAUAUCGAAAACAUGGCUAAAGAGGAACUUCAGAAACAGCUUGUCGAACAAGUGGAGCUCAGAAAAAAGUUGGAACGCGAAUUUCAAAGUUUAAAAGAUAAUUUUCAGGACCAAAUGAAGAGGGAACUGUCCUACAGAGAAGAGAUGGUCCAACAGCUUCAUAUUGUCCGAGACACUUUGUGCAGCGAGUUGGAUCAAGAAAGAAAGGCGCGUUAUGCAAUACAACAGAAGCUAAAAGAAGCUCAUGACGCCCUGCACCAUUUCUCCUGCAAGAUGCUGACCCCUCGCCAUUGUACUGGAGCCUGUACUUUCAAACCCCUCUGCUGCCUCCAUAAUAGACCACAAGACCCCCCCCUGACUCCAGUACAGCUCACUGCAGCCAAAAAGAGAGACACCCACCUCAAGUAG